AUGUACAAAAUGAUGUCUCCCUCCUCCGCGACGGCGGCGCGGCAGAAAUUUCUAACGGUUUGUCAAUUCACGUGCAUCACCUGUGCAGCGGUUUGCGGUCUUUUGCUCGGCGUUUUUCUUCACGCCAACCCGGAACAAUUAGUUGGCGAGUAUUUUGGAAGCUACGUUCGCUUCAAUCGGAGCCUUGCGAAAAUUUUGGCCUUUAUGAUCUACGUCGAUCCGACGAACCUGCACCCGCAGCUCCACCUGGUGGACCAUUUAUUUUCAAUCGGAAAGCCAAACGACGUGGAAAAUGCGAUUAAAACCAUCGAUGAUUUUGGUUGGAAGGGCAACAUGCUGAUCAACAUCGGAAACGUCAAAGGUGCGGUUUUACGCAGCGCCGUGAAGAGCCGCGUUUUGGACAAAGUCAAACAGUCCUCGACAUCAAAAACAAACAAUGGCGAUGAAGAAAAUCUGAUACAAAUCAACAUCGUGGAAAUGGGCGCGUUCCUCGGGUACGGAACGCUGCAAAUUGUGCAAGGAGUGCGAGAAGCGAUUGAUGAAAUAGGAAAAACAGCAACAGUGACAAACACGACUGACGUAGUUCCUCGUGGUGGUGCACCGCAACUACCGAACAAGCUAUCAGUCAACAUCGAUUCCGUCGAUCCUGCAGCCCUCAGCUAUUCCUCAACCUUGGCCGUUUUAGAUUUCGCCGGCGUUGUAGGAACCAGGAGAUACGACGGCCGCGGCGGCGAGGGAAGAGGGAGUGAGGAGCAGCGUCGAGGAGAACAAAAUUCGAAAAUCGAAGCCGACAUCACUGUCCGGCUGCGAAAAGAUUACUCGAGCAAUAUCCUGGAAGAGUACAACAAGAAGGAAAAGGAUGCUGAGAGGCUCGGUAAAAAUAUCGAUUUGCUGUUCCUGGACCAUUUGAAGCACCUGUACCUGUCGGAUUUACACCUUUCCCUGCCCUCUUUGGCGAACAACGCGACGGUGGUCGCGGACAACAUCCUAAGCCCGGGCGCGCCGGACUACCGUGCCUGGGUGCUCGGAGAGGAGGGGAAAAAGCUGUUUUCAACCGAAGUGCAUCUAUUGCACGUGGAAUACUGUCCAAGCAUCCCGGAUGAAGUGCUAGUGAGUACGUACAGGAAAUAG